AUGAGGUCCUCUGUGUCUCGGCAGACCUACUCCACUAAAGGAGGCUUUAGCUCUAACUCUGCAGGUGGAGGAGGUGGCUCUCCGGCCCACACCAGCUUCAGCUCGGUGAUGGUGUCCCGGAGCAGUGGUAGUGCUGGGGGAGCCCGCUGUGGCCCCAGCAAGUGUGGCUUUGGCAGCCGAAGCCUCUAUAACUUGGGAGGCAGCAAGAGCAUCUCGGUCAGUGUGGCUGGAGGGGCCUCCUCAGGGCGGGCCCUGGGAAGCUUCGGCUUUGGCAGUGGAGCCUAUGGGGGCCUGGGCGCCGGCAGACAGACCUUCGGGCCUGUCUGCCCUCCGGGAGGUAUCCAGGAGGUCACUGUCAACCAGAGCCUGUUGACCCCUCUUAACGUGGAGAUAGACCCGGAGAUCCAGCGGGUGCGUACCCAGGAGCGGGAGCAGAUCAAGACCCUCAACAACAAGUUUGCCUCCUUCAUCGACAAGGUGCGGUUCCUGGAGCAGCAGAAUAAGGUGCUGGAGACCAAGUGGGCCCUGCUGCAGGAGCAGGGCCAGAACACAGGUGUCACCAGGAACAACCUGGAGCCCCUCUUUGAGACCUACUUGGGCAACCUGCGGAGGAACCUGGACAGCCUCCAGAGCGAUCGGGGGAGGCUGGACUCAGAGCUGAGAAAUGUGCAGGAUCUCCUCGAGGACUACAAGAACAAGUAUGAGGAUGAAAUCAACAAGCGCACUGCAGCGGAGAACGAGUUUGUGGUGCUCAAGAAGGAUGUGGAUGCCGCGUACAUGAACCGAAUGGAUCUGCAGGGCAAAGUAGGCGGCUUGUCUGAGGAGCUUGACUUCCUGAACCACCUCUAUGAACUGGAGCUGAGCCAAGUGCAGACCCAUGUGUCUGACACCAACGUGAUCCUGUCCAUGGACAACAAUCGCAGACUUGACCUGGACAGCAUCAUUGCUGAGGUCAAGGCCCAGUAUGAGCUGAUUGCCCAGAGGAGCAGGGCUGAAGCUGAGGCUUGGUAUCAGACCAAGUAUGAAGAGCUGCAGGUGACAGCUGGGAAGCAUGGAGACAACCUGCGGGACACUAAGAAUGAGAUUGCUGAGCUCACCCGCACGGUCCAGAGGCUGCAGGGUGAGGUGGAUGCAGUUAAGAAGCAGUGCCAGCAACUGCAGACUGCCAUCGCAGAAGCGGAACAGCGUGGGGAUCUGGCGCUGAAGGAUGCUCAGAAGAAGCUUGGGGACCUGGACACGGCCCUGCACCAGGCCAAGGAGGACCUGGCCCGGCUGCUGCGUGACUACCAGGCCCUUAUGAACGUCAAGCUGGCCCUGGAUGUGGAGAUCGCCACCUACCGCAAGCUGCUGGAGAGCGAGGAGAGCAGGAUGUCUGGAGAGUGCCCCAGUGCAGUCAGCAUUUCGGUGACUGGCAACUCCACCACUGUGUGCGGAGGCGGUGCAGCCGGCUUUGGGGGUGGCAUAUCCCUGGGCGGCAAUGGGGCUGCUGGCAAGGGCGGGGUCAGCACCAGUGUGGGCUACGGUACCGUCAAGGGAGGCCCCGUCUCUGGGGCCACCUCCAUCCUGCGGAAGACCACCACGGUCAAGACGUCCAGCCGGAGGUACUAGCCUCCCAGUCUUGCAAGCCGGGGCCCCUGCAGUUUUCUACUUGCUCUAUUCCUUGCCCCACCUCUGCUGCCCUC